AUGUCUCGAGGAGCGCGCAACUUCGUCUUCAUGAGCCAUUCCAGCAUCAAUAAAGCUAAAGUCAAGAAGCUCGUUGCACGACUCAAAGAUGCUGAGGCUAAUUCCCAUGUGGUUAGAGGAGAUGUUGUUCACUCUAAUUCAGUGGCUUUAACCGUCAGAGCCUGCGAGGAAAGCAGAGUGGAGAGCAACGAAGCCUGGCGUAAGGGAAUCCAGCCCAAAUGGCAAGGCACCUGGAACUUGCAUACCCCCUUCGAGAUUCAUGAACUAGACUUCUUGCUGCUCACGUCGUCUCUGUCUAGAUCUCAUGGAAGUGCCACUGAAAGAAACUACUGUGCGCCAGCCAGUUUCUUGAUGCGUUCGCCCAUGGCGCAAAAGACAGGGAAAGCCACCAGUGGCAAUGGCUCUGGGAGUCAUCUCUGA